UAUUAAAGCCGAGACCCUAGUAAUUCAUGUGUCACUCUUUUUACUUGUAAUUGAUAGAGAUUUUUUUAAGACCUAUUUCGAACUUUUCCCAAAAGAAAUCACAAAAACAAUGCAUUGCGAUCUUCACCAGCUGUAUCUGUCCUGUGUAAUUCUCAGUCUUGUCAAGGUUUGCUCUAGCCUGAGGACGAAACAGAUAGAAACAUCGGUCACUGGCCGUGAUAUUGUGAAAAGACAUGCCGGUGUAAGCAAUGGUUACGGUGAGGAGCUAGACGGAUAUGAUCUGGAUCCAAAGAGAGACAAUUAUAAUUGGGAUCAAUUCCCUGCCUGGGGGAAAAGACAAGCAAAACGCAGAUGGUCUUCGUUUGGUACCUGGGGAAAAAGAGGUUGGUUGGACAGAUUGAUCAGUGCUAACAAUAACUGGGGCAAACGAUGGAAAUCCAUGUCGAAUUCUUGGGGAAAACGUCAAGCCCCCAUGGAAUACGACGGGCUAAAUGAUGAAUACGUUAACGUUGAGAAGAGAUCUGUCAACUCCAAAUCCAGAAACAAGCGGUCAAUAUCUUCCGACCCCACAACUGAUAAGGCUGAAGAGAAGAGAAGAUGGUCUUCACUCGCACCUUGGGGAAAACGCAGUGAUGAUGCCGAGAAAAGAAGAUGGUCAUCACUUUCCGCUUGGGGAAAAAGGAGUGAGCCUGAAAGUUUAAAUAGUCAGGAUAGUGAAGAGGAUUUUACAAAACGCAAGUGGUCGUCUCUAUCAGCUUGGGGGAAAAGAAAUAGUCCUGAAAAUAUGCUAAAUAGUGAUGAAAUUACAAAACGUAAGUGGUCUAGUUUCACUUCGUGGGGUAAACGUGGACUACCUUCUGAUAUUUCAAAGAGACUGACAACUUAUUGGCGACAACGUCUCUUACAAGACAGUGGUCCAUGGAUGGAACGUAGAGGAUGGAACGCCCUAACCUCUUGGGGGAAAUAAAGUGUGAAUUAAACAAAAACAAACUAAAUAUGCUCACUUCAUUCUCAAGAUAUUGUUUUUGUUUAGAAAUAAAUACAUUUUGGCAUGAAGUUGUUUCCAUUUUAAGCUUAUCUGAAAAAACAAAGACCCUGUUGUACACAUUAUUUAAACAUUCUUCCUUCUGGACACUGUAAGAUUGUUUGAAUGUUUUGGUUUCCACUAAAGUGUCAUAUAUUUUA